GAUCCACAGAAUGUUCUAUAUCGUCCUCGUCACUUUGCUCUCUGCCUGUGUGUUGGCUGAUGGUGAGUCAUAGUUUAAUUGUAACUGUAACUGAAAGGAAACAACACUGAUGAAAUUCUGUGUAAAAAGAAGAAACAUAAAACCCAUAACAAAUUUAAAGAAAAAACAAUUUCCUUUCCUCUUAAUGUUGACAUAUUGACUUCUAUUUGCAUUUCCUGUGUCCACAGUCCAGCCUUCGUACUACUCCUUCUCCCCAUCAGUGGGUUCAGGAAGUGGCACCUCGUACAGCCUGACAGGAGAAGGCAGGAUCACAGCUAUCAGAGUGUGGGAGCACUACAACAGCUACAUCUUUGGGUAAAUAUCAAACAGACUUAAUUUAAUUCUAUUGUUUUAAUCUCCAGCAUUCACCAAACUUCAGCUGCUCAGACAUGAUCUCAUCUCUCCUCAUUUCUUUAAUGUAAAAUAAAUCUGCGAGCGGUGAGAGAGUUGGAACCUGGAUGUUAAAUACGAAAAUGUUCUGAUGCUACAAUUAAGUUCCAAUAAUUACAGCUUCAGUGGUCUGAAAUUUCUGACAUUUAUAUACAGUAGAUAUAAAAAUUCAAAGUGUAAUCUUCAAGUUUGUGUUAUAGUUACUUUAGUUACUUGUGUUUGAUAUUUUCAAUUUCAAUAUUUUUCAUUUUGACAUCACAGAAUUUUUCCUGUUCUCUAGUUUUCAGCUCCGCUAUGGUCACGAAUGGUCUCUAAUUGCUGGAAAAAAAGUUGGAGAUGCUCAAGAGAUGGAACUGUUUGACAAUGAAGCCAUCAUCCAGGUCUCUGGGAAGUAUACCUCUUACUUGCAGUCAGUGGUGUUUAUAACCAACAGAGGGCGCUCACUGUGGGCGGGGCAGCCUGCUGGAAGAUCCUUCAACAUGUAUCCCACCCACAGCGUGGCAGAGCUGCGCUUCCUCAGCGGUCGCUACAGUGGGUAUAUCACUUCCUUCCAAGCCCACUGGGCAGUGUUCUAUGAGGCUUCUAACAGCACAGAGUUAAUGUGA